AUGACUUCGAUUACAGCAUUUCCAGAUUCCGAUGGCUACACAAAAUCAUUUUCUAUUGAAGAAAUAGCUGAUCUAUCGGAUUUCUUCGAAAAGUAUGGAUUUGUUGUUGUACGAAAUAUGAUCGAUUCCGAAGCACAAAUAGACGACACAAUUGAUGAAAUCUGGAGUUUACUUCGAGUUCUUAAUCCAAAAAUUGAUAAAAAUGAUAGUUCAACAUGGGAUAACAAAUAUUGGCCUAUUUAUAUGGGUCUCAAAGAUGGUGGUUUCAUAUCACAUAUGGCUGAUGUAGCAACAAAAAUGUGUUGGGAAAACAGACAAAAUCCUAAUGUUGUCAAAUUGUUUCAAACGCUACUUAAACAAAACGAUCUCUGGGUAAAAUUUGAUCGUUAUGGAAUGAUGAGACCUACGAAAGGUAUUACUUUUAAAAAUAACAACGAUGACGGAUCUGUUGUAAUUGAAGAUAGACCAGACUGGCGAUCAAAACCUAAUUGGUUACAUUGGGAUCAGAAUCCUUGGAAAUAUCCAGACUUUAUGGGUGUACAAGGUCUUCUUGCAUUAAGUGAUACAAAUCCAAAUACCGGUGGAUUUCAUUGUGUUCCUGGAUUCACUCAUCAUUUCAAACAAUGGUCAAUUGAUAAUGAAAAAGAACAUAGAUCUCGUGGUGGCCUGAUUAAUGUUCCCGAAGAUGAUCCUAUACGAAAUGAAGUCAAACAAAUUCAUGUUCGAAAAGGUUCAUUCGUUGUAUGGGAUUCACGAUUGCCUCAUGGAAAUUUUCCAAAUCAAAACGAUCAAUUUCGAAUUGUUCAAUAUAUUGCAUUUGAACCAGCAAAAGAAGAUGAUAAAAAUGAAGUGACAAAUCGAAUUGAUGUUGUUGAUAUGCGUAGAUCGAGUCCUACAGCUGAUGAACAACUUGCAGGAUUUCCAGAACCAGAACUAACAGAACUUGGUGAGAAGAUUAUUGGACUUAGAAGUUGGAAAACAAAUGAAAAAGUAGACAAUAUUUCCGAAUAG